AUGGAAUCGUGCUGGUGGGGAUCGGCUUGGAUGCUGAUCUUAGCGAUAGCGACCAUCCGCCAACGUACCGCUGCCGCUGCCAGCACCAGUGUGUCCGUCUGUUCCUACCUAUGUACUUGUACGAACCAAAACUUCGCAACGGUUGAUUGUGAGUUCGACGCCGCUUCGGUUGUACUGGACGAAACGCUCCUGCUACCGUCCGCCGCCACCGCCCUCAACAUACGACUGCUCGGUGGAGGGCAGCUCGCUGUACGGAAGGACUUUUUCAAACAGAACUACAUCAACCACCUAUCGAUCGAUGGAGGCAGUGAGUCACGAUCGUCCGCCGUGGUAGAAUUUCAUGAAGGUGCGCUCUGCAACAAUAAUGGCGAAUUUCCGGAGAUCUUGGUCACGAACGUUGACCGGCUGGUAAUGCACAGAAAUAUCUCAUGCAGAGCACAUCUGCUAAACAUCACGCACGUGAACGAUGUGCUGCUCAAGACUGAAUUCCAAUCGGUGUACGAGGCGGAAGUGUUCAUCCAGGACGUCGGCAACCUUCAAAUAGAACCGAACGCUUUUGGUGGUUCUACAUCGUCUAGGAUUCAAAUUUAUCGCACCAAUAUCGAAAAUCUUCCAAAGCUCGGAGCUUCCUUUCGGCUGUUAAGUUUUAACGAUUGUAACAUUAGUGAAAUCAUAUCGCACGCGUUUGAUGCGAUCGAAAUCGAGCACCUGGAGUUUGUCAACUGUCGUCUAACGAACCUGCGCCAGCGAGCAGUAACCGAACGUUUGCUGUGCGAUACGUUAAUCUUCCGCGGGUGUCAAAUACAGCGCAUCGAGAAACAGUUUGUGGAUGACAGUGCGUUGAAGAAUUUACUGAUCGAAAGCAACACGAUCAAUGAAAUUGCAACGAGUGCGUUUACGUUAUUUACAAGUAUUUCCACAAUAGUGACCGGUAACCAUGUGAUACGAACGGGGAAGGAAUGGUUACACCAGAAGGAUUGGGAAAAUGUGACGAUUUCGGGCAAUUCGUUCGGAGAGUUCAAUGGCAUCCUGUUAAGUGAUCGCAAAAACAAGACGCAAACUCACUGUCACUUUGGCAAUAACACUAUCACGAAUGCACUUCCGGAUAGUUUUACCUUUGGACAUAGUUGUCACAUCGACGGCAUCCAUUUUGGCCGUGAGUGCGACUGUACGUACGACACCUGGCUAGCGGAGCUAGUUGGAGCACAAGGGAAAUCGUUACCGUCCACCAGCAUUAAGUUUUCAAGCGUUUCCUGCCAGGUGGAUGAUAGUUUGCGCUAUUGCUUUAAUCGUAGUGAGGGCGGUGUAGUGGGACAAGUCAAUGUACACUACUUUCUGAUGGAAUUUUGCCAAAAGGAAGGCUCGAAAAAGUGCUCAUCGUUCACGAAUGGUGAUGAUGGGAACCGCAAACCACCACCGUUAAUACCCUUCGAAAGUAUCGACUCUCUGGACAAUAAUGACGAUGGUGGAUUCUUCCAGAUGGAUAAGAUGCUAUGGCUUUUGAUAGCGGUUGCCGCUAUAGCUAUCGUGUUCUUGCUACUGUUUACCGUCUACCUGUAUCGGCGAAGGGCGAACGAAUCUCGUCAAACCAUGACAAUCCAAACGAUGCCAUCACGAUCGGGCACGAUCCGGUCCAACUCGCUCAGCAGAAGUGCAUUUACACCGGCCGAUAGGCGCAUCAUUGGGAGCGCACUGGGCUGGAUAAAGGAGACGUAUGAUCAGAAAAUUUGGAGCGAAAUAAACAUCCCGAUGCAGCAGCUGCUUAACGGAGGUUUCAUUGAGGAACAGGUGAAGGUGCGUCUAAUCGGAACCGUUCUCGAUAGUCUCAAGCGCCAUGAGAUCAGUGCAACGCAAAUCGUAGCACUGAAUGACAUUUUGUUCCGACAACUUGGACCACCGGCACCAAGUGUAGCAUCGGAGCCGGUGGAAGCUAGCCGACCAAACAGUGAUAGAAAUGCGGAUGAGCUCGGACACAUCUACGACGAGUUGCAGUUAAAUCGAGCACCGAUAGUGCAUUACAACGUUGGUUUGCUCGGUGAUUAUGCGGCGCCAUUAGAUCACGGAGGUGGUGGCGGGGUGACGACUGUUGUACCGGAGGGAAUCUACUCCGAGCCGGUAUUGCACGAUCAGCUGUUGAUGCAGCGAAAUGGUGACAACAGAACCCUCAUUAGUCCUUACGCUAUUGGGGACGCCACAGUACAGCGAAAUCCAACUGGUGGGGAAGGAAACCUGCCAGACGUUAUACUGCUUCGACGACCCGCCGCCGGGAAUACACCGUGGCGGACAAACAGUGAAGAUGAAGAGGAUGAGGACGAAAUCGAUGGUGAAGCAGAGCGUAAAACGAUGCUUCGUCCAGAGGACGGUGGCGAUAGCGGUACCGGUAGCAGCGGUCCAACGUACGCGAUAUCGAUGAAACAGCUGAAACGGCCCCAUAGGGGCAACACUCCACCAUCAUCACAACCAUCGGAUACGAUCGGGGAGGACCGCCAACCAUCGGAGGACGGAAGUGAUGGUAACCGGUCGGAACAUUCCGGCAGCAGUAUGCAAACGGUUCGCAUCGAAGAUAUGACCCUUGCAACAGUUGAUGAGAGCAGUAGCAGUAGCGGUGUCGGCAGCGCACAACAGCGUACUCAGCAAUAAAAAGUUCAUCUCAUUUUUCAUGUGACGAAAGUAGGCUUAAAACAAACAUAAAUACACACACACAC